AUGAAUGUGCAAUUGAAAAAUUCCGAGGAAGAAACGCGUUUCAUCGAUGGAAGCGAAUACAGGGGAACUUGGAACACACUGGGCAUGGAAGGAAUCGGCAAAUUCGUUCUGCCGCACAAUGCCAUCUUUGAAGGGGAAUUUCGUGAUGGUACUUUUCAUGGUCAUGGUAGCAUGUAUUGGCCCCGAGGACAAAGGAUAGAUGGAAUUUGGUUGCAAGGUGAAUGUAAGGACAAACGAUAUAUCUUCAACGAUGGACUAGUUUUUCGUAGCGAUGAUUGGGAGUACUGCAAAUUUCCUGAUAGGCGAUAUCAAACGUGCAUUAAAUACGGAUUAAAACCGGCUGGAGCAACGUUACGCAGGAAUGAUCGAAACGAAUAUGUUAUUCCUCCUAUGUGUUACGAUGCAGGCAUUGGAAUUUUUAAUCCAUCUAAAUGUUAUAUCACAUCCUACAAGGACUCAAAGAAGGUUGGACUUAUUAAAAAAUUUAUUAAAUUUACUAAACAUUCGAAGAUACUUGAAAUACCAAAUACGAAAUUGAUCCUCUGGAUACGAAAGAACUGUCAGAAAGCGUGGCCAAUCGGAAAUCGAAAAGAUCUUUACAAAGAUUUAUUUCCCGACACGGAGAGUCUCUCUACAUUAUUACCAUUUUCAAAUAAUUCUUUUGAAUCAUGGUGGAAAAGGUACGAACAAAAAUACAUUAAAUAAUUGAAUGGAUCAAUGUUCAUCAUCCCUAUCUUUAUUUUUUUUCUUUUUUAAGAUUGACUACUUUUCGUUCGGAUUGA